UAGUGCUGGCAUUCUUCUGCGUCUUGGGCGCUUGCUAAUCACCGCUCGAAGUUGACGCUCCCACCCGCUCCAGUUCAAAACCAGGGAGUCCCGGAUUCUCCGGCCUUCUCCCUUUCCAACAAUCCGCAGCUGAGAACGCGGAAGAAGAUGGUACUCGGAAGUAGAAGGACCUCCAAGCACGUGAUGGGAGACCCACGGGUACUGUCACGUGACCCUCCAACCUGCUCCUCUGCGAUGUAGCUGCUCUUAAAGACUCUCAUCCGUCCUGUUGAGGCCAAGCCCUAGCGCGCCCUGACUCUGGGCUCUUUGGGGGACCCGAACUUGAUGCCAUGGGAAGCUGUGCGGGCUUGUAUGGGCGCCUUGCUGAGAGAGAGGGAAACGACUCCGAGCCCCAAGCUCAUUCGUUGGAUAAUCAGAGUGCCCAUUGGAAGAAUGCGGUGGGCUUCUGGAUCCUGGGCCUUUGCAACAACUUCUCAUAUGUGGUGAUGCUAAGUGCUGCCCAUGACAUCCUAAGGCAGGAACAGACAUCUAGGAACCAGAGCCAUGUGGACCCAGGCCCAACACCUGUCCCUCACAACAGCUCAUCUCGAUUUGAUUGCAACUCCAUCUCCACAGCUGCGGUACUGCUGGCAGACAUCCUUCCCACCCUCAUCAUCAAACUCCUGGCUCCUCUUGGCCUUCAUUUGCUGCCAUACAGCCCCCGGGUCCUUGUCAUUGGAAUUUGUUCUGCUGGAAGCUUCAUCCUGGUUGCUUUUUCCCAGUCAGUGACAAUCAGCCUGUGUGGUGUGGUUUUGGCCAGCAUCUCAUCAGGUCUAGGGGAGGUCACCUUCCUCUCUCUCACUGCCUUCUACCCCAGGGCUGUGAUCUCCUGGUGGUCCUCGGGUACUGGGGGUUCGGGGCUUCUCGGGUCGCUGUCUUACCUCGGCCUCACCCAGGCUGGCCUCUCCCCCCAGCACACCUUACUUUCAAUGUUGGGGAUCCCGGCUCUGCUGCUGAUCAGCUAUUUCUUACUGCUCAUAUCUCCUGAGCCCCAGAACUCUGGAAGGGAAGAUGAGACAGAGACUGCUGCCCGGCAGCCCCUCAUAGGCACUGAGGCCUCCGAGUCAAAGACAGGUUCUAGCUGGGACCUCUCCCUCCAGGAAAGGUGGACAGUGUUCAAGGGCCUGUUGCACUACAUCGUCCCCUUGGUUCUGGUUUACUUUGCAGAGUAUUUUAUCAACCAGGGACUUUUUGAGCUCCUGUUUUUCCGAAACACAUCCCUGAGUCAUGCUCAGCAGUACCGCUGGUACCAGAUGCUGUACCAGGCUGGUGUGUUCAUCUCCCGCUCUUCUCUCCACUGUUGUCAAAUCCGCCUCACCUGGGUCCUGGCCCUACUGCAGUGCCUCAACCUGGCCUUCCUGCUGGCAGAUGUGUAUAUGAGCUUCUUGCCAAACAUCUACCUCGUCUUCCUCAUCGUUCUGUAUGAAGGGCUCCUGGGUGGUGCUGCCUACGUGAACACCUUCCAUAACAUUGCACUGGAGACCAGUGACAAACACCGAGAAUUUGCCAUGGAGGCUGCUUGUAUUUCUGACACCUUGGGCAUCUCCCUGUCAGGUAUCCUGGCCUUGCCUCUGCAUAACUUCCUCUGCAGUCUCCCUUGACAUUGGUUGCUCAGGCACAGGACACUGAGCUACCACCAGAUGAGCAGGUCAGAUAUCUAUGAGCUCUGUUCCAGAUCUUCCCUGCCAGGCUGGGAGGUGGGACAAGCCAGUGCCUUGCUUCCCUACAACAAGGGGGAAGCUGGUGCUGAGGAGUUUCCUCUUACAAGCUGGUGUUGAAGAGUUUCCUCUCAGCCUUAUGCCCUUCUAAUAAAUGCUUAUUUUGUCACUUUA